AUGAGGCCCCCAGCAGCCGCGUCUCGCGGACUUCCUCAGUCAGCACCGGAGCUGCAGCAGGAGAGACUCGAGCUAGACUCCGGGAAGACCGCUCGGACCAAGACCAGCCAGUCAGAGGAGGCGGCGGCGGACUUUGGGCCUGGAGGAGGGCGCCCCUUCCCCACCGGGAAACAGACUGGCCCCGGAGCCUCUGCCCAGCCCCUCAGCCCGGGAAGUCCGCGCCCGCCCCUCCUGCCCCCUGAGCCCUCCUUCCUGCGCCCCCAGGCGGCCCGAGCCCGACCCGCGACCCUCCCGCCGUCCGAACCUCACUGCCUCCAUCUGCCAAACAGGCACCACGUCGUCUGCCUCUCAGGGCGUCGAGAGGCGACAAUCAGGCGUUGGGGGCAGAGCCCACCACUCAGGGCACAGCCCGGGCCGCCCGAGCCCUCGAACAGCAGCCACCGAGGCCGCAGUGGGGACAACCGGGCUGGGAAGGAAAAAAUCAAGCGGGGUGUCGAGGGUCGGGCCUCAGACGGGCCCACCUUCCCGGGAGCUGAGGAGGCGGUGCUGAGGGCCGCGGCCACCCGCCGACGGCGCGACUGGGCCCAGCUCGGUGCCCGCCCGCCGGAGGAAGAACGCGGAGCGCAGCGGCCGGGGCCGGGCGGGCGGCCAGUUUCCAUGAUGCGCGGGGCGGGCUCGAGGAGGGGCGCUGCGGGCCGGCUUCCAGGCCCAGCGGCCCGGCCGGGCCCCUCGGGAAGAAUUUCCGGCCUGGGAUUGAUUAUAACCCGCCCCUCCCCCGGCCGCGGGACCCCCCGGCUCGCGGGGCCGAGGCGAGGGGGAUGGGCGGUAAUGAGACCCGGCUGUGCGCCCCCGCCAGGGACACCACUCGAGGAAGUGACGGGUAGGGGCCGGCUCCGGAGCCGCUCGGCCCAGCCAGCCUCGAACUCGGCCUCGGGCCUCCGACUUUGCGCAGCGGACCGAACACAUCAGCGCCCCCGGAGGCCUCGCCUAACCCCCGGGAACCAGGCAUCCUCGGGAGGGACCCGGGCCAAACCGGGCGGAGCCUCCUCCGGAGGACCGAGGGAGCACCGACAGCCCCCAGGAGGCCACAGUUCAGAACAAUGGGCCUGGUUGAUGUUGCCACCACAGAAUUUAAGAACAGUGACCUGCUGAAGAGACAACACAGAAGCUCCGCGGGAAGCCGGGGGUGGCUCCUGGGAGACAGCUUAAGAGUCUGCACUGAUACCUCCGGAUGUGGCACCUCCAGUUGGUGACAGAUCACGCUGCCAGUGAAGCGAUGUCACAAUGAUGGUGAAGAGAGCCAUGCCACUCAACAUGCUGAGCACGACCCAUCCAAGAGCUGCUGGGACCCAGGUGAGGGGGUGAGAGACACACCUGGGCCAAGGAUGGAUGGGGCCAUGGUGGGGGCCCUCGAGACGAGCAGGGUGGGCUCUCAGGCUGGCACUGGUGCUGUGGUUGAUUUAUUCAUUCAUCCGUUCAUCUAAGGACAUCGUGGUUGCUUCCAACUUUUGAAAAUUGUGAAUAAAACUGCUGUUA